AUGUAUUCAAAGAGCGUCACUGGCUGCUUUAUUAUCAUGGCUCAGUUUAAAUAUCGGUGCAGCGUGUCUUUUCUCUGCUGAAGCCCGCUGCGUCUCGUCUGUUUUCAAGUUUUUGCCAUUUUAUGCGGGGAAUAAAAUUUGAUACACUACAGGAAAAACGUUGUUCUGCAACAACAAACCAUUAGUCGACUGCUGGCGAUAAUUUGGGAUUAUGGUCAUCAAGGUUUACGUCGCUUCCUCAAGUGGCUCCGUCGCAGUAAAGAAACAUCAGCAGGCAGUUGUGGGUUUCCUGGAGGCAAAUCGGAUUAACUUCCAGGAAGUCGACAUUACCAUGCUGGAGGAGCAGAGGCUCUGGAUGUACCGCAACAUCCCCAAGGAAAAGAAACCAGAGAAAGGCAACCCACUGCCUCCGCAGAUCUUCAACGAGGAUCGCUACUGUGGUGACUACGAAGAUUUCUUCCAGUCAAAGGAGAACAACACUGUGUUUGCAUUCCUCGGACUCAGUUCUCCACUCAGUAAGACAGAUGUAGAGUGCUAGAUCAAGCUGCCAUCUUGUCAUCAGGACAUCUUUACACAUUCAUAGCUUCCUGCAUUGCAUCACCUCCUUUCUCGUGACGACUCCAGAGUUUUGCCAAACUUCAGCCCUAGUGAAUGCCGCCUCGCUGACCCAUUCACCGGAUCUGAAAAGGGCCCGACCCUGCAGCUACAGAGAUGAAAUCAUGGAGGACUAACUUUUUUCCCUGGUUCCGUUUGCGUUUUGGUUUUGUUGCUUAACACGGCGCAUCGGCAAACGAUGCUUGUAGCACAUAUCCCCGCUAACUCCAGAACCACGUAGCAGCAUUUUCCAUCAGUGGCCUUUUAAAAACGUCAGUGCAAUGGACGGGGGUAAAUGUUUAGGUGCUUCACUGCAGGACAGUUUUUGUUUACACCCUUGUUUAAGUGAGCGAGCGUCUGUGUUGCAUACUUUCUGUUAGCGUCUGCAUCAGUCAGCAGCUGCUAAUGAAGGGCUGGUUGGAUGAAGGGAAGACUUAAUGUAGCCUAAAACAAACCAGGAGUUCACCUGGGUGCCUGUCUGUGUCUAUGUUGGGACCAAAUCAAAUCUUACAAGUUCAAAAGGUUUACUAAAUGUCAGGAUUAAAUAAUUAGUAGCUACCUUUAUCUAGUUAAAUAAUGCUGUUUUAAUAUUUCAUGUUUAUUUGUUCCUGCGCAUGCAGUCGGUCCAGUGGUAUGAUUUAAACCUGGGACAUUUUGGCCUUCCCAUGCCAUCUCUGGGUCUACAUCUUGGACUCUUUGGUUCUAUAGAGGCUGCAUUUUGUUACAGACGAAGACAAACAAAGGCUGUAUGGAUCAUUUUAAUCCUGGGAUUAGGUGCUCCAGUUGUUUUGACAGCUUGUGUUUCCCCUUCCCUCUACACUGCCAAAUGUUAAAGUAAACACGCACUCCACUGUGGACAGACUUCAAUCAUUGUGCUGUAUAUGUCAUGAAAUACAAGUUUAACUUUUCUUAUCUUUCAGUCUUAAGUCUAUAUUUGCUCUCCAAUCCCUGUUAAAAUGCUUUUUGUUUGAUAUUAUCUCAUCAUCAUCAUCAUCAUGGAUUAACAGAUCUAUUAUUUUCUCAACUCAAAUGUAGCAUUACAGGCAAAGUUUCAUGCAAUUUUACUGAUAUGUCUCCUUUGUUGUUGCAUCAUGAGAUGAUCUUGUAUUUUUUUUGUUAACGGUGAUCUACAGGUUCACUUACCACAAAGUAUACUGUGCUACUCUUCCUGUUUUGCUGUCUUUUUUUAUUUUUGGCUUGUUUUUCUGCUUGUAAUAAACUCAUAAGAACUGUACUCAAUCACACAUUACUGUAAAGAUUAUUUUUGCAUAAAUGCAGAUUACAUUAUUUCACAAUAAUUGCUUUGCUGUCAAGUGCAUUUUAUUUUUUUUACACUGGCUUUUACUUUAACAUAGAUGAGCACAACUGUAAAAUAUAGUAAACUAAUGAUGAAUUAAAAAAAAAUGAAUUAAUAGUAAGAGAUCAGCACAUCCUGGAAAACCCUCAGUGUGGCUGUUUAACAGAGAGCAUCACAUACACUGCCUUACAAAAGUGUCAUAUGGACAGAUAAAAAAGCACUACUUUUAAAUGUAGUAUGAUGUUAUGAACAAAAGUUUCACAUAAGAGUGAAGUGGAAGGAGUAACAUUGCUUUUAAUUUGUCAAGUUAUUUGUGUUUUAUUUCAUUCCAAUGAAAAUGUAGUGCAAUACAGAAAAUCAAACUCAGUUUUCUUUGUUUUUUUUUGUAAUUUACACCCUGGUAUUACUUUGUCAGAAAUGUGUAUGUGGCUCCUUUAAGGCCCUGAAGAGUAAAACAAAAACGGAAGUAAAAGCUGAUCCUGGGAAAAAGAAAACAAAGGUGAUAAAUUACGGCAAUAAAGCCACGACUUCUCUACAGCCAAGGCCCCCUGUUUGCUGCUCUCUUCUGUGUAAACCUAAUGGAGUUAGCCAUGGAGCAAAUAAAACGUUCUUAUUUGACUUUCAGAUUCCAAGAUAGUUUUGGACAAUCAUAAUUACAAAUAAAGUGUUCAUUAAAUGAA